AUGGAUGAGGAGGAUAUAGAGGUGAGGUGGGUGGUCGUUACCGAGGGUAAAAUCCUAAUUACCUUUUCCAAUGAAUAUUAAAUAAAUAUCGAAUUUCAUUAAACCUCUGAUCACGUAAAGAAGCAGUAGAUCUCUAGUCUUUUGGUUGCAGAGAUCUUUUUGGUGCUAUCAAUGGAAAAGAAAGAGAAAAAACAAAUAAAAAGGCAAACGAGUGGGAGGGGUCUGGUCCGAGUCUGAUCUGUGUAGACUCUAUACUUCCUCUUCCUCUGUAUUCUUUCUCUCUUAUUAAAUCCUUCCCACCCCACUAGUUUGUCUCAUUGCUUUUUUCUUUUCAUUUGAUCCCAUGCUCUAAAUUCCAUCCUCCCCUUUUGUCUUCUCCACUUUUCUCUUUUAUCUUCUUCUUCCUUCUUCUUCCUCAACAAAGGUAGAGGCCAUAGAUUUUGAUAAUAUCAGAAAGAGAAAACAGAGCCUACCCAUCUACUGUGCUUCUUUCUUUUUCUUUUUUAUGGUCUUUUUUGGGUUGAAUUAAAAAAUGGGUACUGGUUGGAGACGAGCCUUCUGCACUACAAUCCCUCGAGAUCCAGCAGAUCAAACCAGAGUAUCAGAGAAGCAGCAGAGAAGCCCAAGCCCAAGUCCCAGAAGCUGUACGAGGCUUGGUUUCUUCUCCAGUGGCAGCAGCAACCCUUCUACUCCGAGAUUGCAAUCUCAGCCGGUGAUCUCAACCCAGAGCUCCAUUGAUGACCAUGAAAGCCCCAGGCUGCUUGAAUGCAAAACCAGUAGUAGCACUCCCAAGAGUACAAGAACUUCCUUUCUCUCCAGCUCAAACCCAACUUCUCCUCGAUCCCCUCUCAAGCUCUCCCUCUUCAGAAACAGCUUCAAAUUUCGAAGCAACUGUGGGAUUUGCUUGAACAGCGUGAAGACAGGGCAGGGCACAGCCAUAUACACAGCAGAGUGUGGUCACGCCUUCCAUUUCCCUUGCAUAGCUGCUCAUGUGCGCAGCCAUGACAGCCUCGUUUGCCCAGUCUGCAACUGCACAUGGAAAGACGUCCCUCUCCUCGCCAUCCACAAAAACCUCAACCAAUCCCGAAACGACGUCGUGGAGCCCACCAAACCCAAGCCCAGGGAAGUGGAGAAGAAGAUAAUAGUGGAGGCCUCCUCACCCAGAGCCUCAUCGAAGCCAUUGUACGACGACGACGAGUCUCUUUUCUCUCCCACAUCACGGAUCAUCCCUAUACCAGAAGCCGACGAUGAAGACGAAGAUGCCACAGACCCAUUCCCCGAAAACGACGACGUCGAGGAGUUCCAGGGCUUUUUCGUCAAUCCGAACCCUUCAUCUUCCGACGCGCAAAUCAACGGCCGAGAUAUCAGAACCAAUAAUGUCCAGGUCAGGAUUUUACCCGAGUCCGCUUUACUCUCGUCGGGUCGGGGCUUCGACACCUACGUCGUGGCGUUGCGGGUCAAGGCUCCUCCGCCCCCAGUUUUUAAUACUUCGCGUCGUGUUUCGAUCGAUUUGGUGACGGUGCUCGACGUCAGCGGAAGCAUGAGCGGCGCGAAGCUCCAGAUGCUGAAACGGGCCAUGCGUUUGGUCAUUUCGUCGCUCGGCUCCAACGACCGGCUCUCGAUUGUCGCAUUCUCAGCUACCACGAAGCGGCUGCUGCCGUUAAAAAGAAUGACGGCUCACGGUCAACGUUUGGCCAGGAGAAUCGUUGACCGGCUUGUGUGCGGUCAGGGGACCAGUGUUGGCGAUGCAUUGAGGAAGGCGACUAAAGUGCUUGAAGAUCGGAGAGACAGAAAUCCGGUUGCUAGUAUCAUGCUCUUAUCGGACGGUCAGGAUGAGAGGGUGAAAAAUUCAGCCCAUCAACGUCAGGGAUCCGGCCACGUGUCGGCUACCCGAUUCGCUCAUAUUGAGAUCCCGGUUCAUGCUUUCGGGUUCGGUGAAACCGGCGGCUACAGCCAGGAGCCGGCUGAGGACGCGUUUGCCAAAUGCGUUGGGGGAAUUUUGAGUGUGGUGGUGCAAGACUUGAGAAUUCAGCUCGGCUUCGAUUCCGGCUCGGCUCCCGCUGAGAUUGCAGCCAUCUAUUCGUGCAAUGGAGGGCCUGCGGUGCACGGUUCAGCUUCCGUGCGGCUCGGCGACUUGUACGCCGAGGAAGAGAGGGAGCUGCUCGUUGAGCUGCGUGUUCCCCGAGCUUUGGCUCGCGGGAGCCACCAUGUUAUGUCAGUCCGGUGCCUUUAUAAAGACCCGGCUACUCAGGAAAUUGUGUAUGGGAGAGAGCAGGCGCUUUUAGUACCUCUCGCUGAUGCCGUUCGAUCAGCUUCCGGUCCAAAGAUCGAACGAUUAAGAGGUCUUUUUAUAACCACACGUGCCGUAGCCGAGUCACGGAGAUUGGUUGAGCAUAACGACUACUCUAGCGCGCAUCAUUUGCUUGCAUCGGCUCGGGCUUUGCUCCUAAAGUCUAAGUCUGCAUCGGCUGAGGAGCACGUACGCGGCUUGGAAGCUGAGCUGGCGGAGCUGCAUUGGAGGAGACAGCAUAAGAUCAUGGAGGAGCAGCAGCAGAUGCUGAUGAUGAUCCAACGGCGGAGGGGUGGCGGCAGCAGCGAGAGGGAGAUAGCCGUGGACGAAAACGGGGAGCCGCUUACGCCGACAUCAGCGUGGAGAGCGGCUGAAAAGCUGGCUAAAGUGGCUAUGAUGAAGAAGUCGUUGAAUAGAGUCAGCGACUUGCACGGCUUUGAAAAUGCUAGGUUUUAAUAUUUAUUUCUAGAGGGAAAAUAAAACAGCAUUUUUUCCUCUUUAUUUUUAUUUUUUGUAAUUUUAAAAAUUGGAUAAUAUGAUCAUUAUAUAAUAGGGACAAGGUGGUAGUAGACGGGCGCGACCCUCAUUCA